AUGACAGAGCCCCAGUCUGCAUUGUUGCUCAAGAAACAGCUUGCAGAGCUGAACAAAAACCCAGUGGAGGGAUUCUCAGCAGGUUUGAUUGAUGAAAGUGACCUCUACAGAUGGGAAGUCCUCAUAAUUGGUCCUCCAGACACACUUUAUGAGGGAGGGGUUUUUAAAGCUCACCUGACGUUUCCCAAAGACUACCCUCAAAGACCGCCCAAAAUGAAGUUUGUCACAGAUAUUUGGCAUCCUAACGUUGACAAGAAUGGAGAUACCCAAAUGGUGACUCCCCAGCAAAUGUGGAUGCAGCUAAACAAUGGAGGGAUAAACAGAAUGGUGAAUUCAAAAGAGAAGUUUCUCGCUGUGUACGAAAAAGCCAAGAGACAGCAUUUGAGUGAUAUUAGUGAAAUUCUAGUUCAAUGUUUGCAGGGUUUCAAUUUUCCAAUCAACAUGGCACUGUAUCAUUCUUCAAUCCAGUCUAUGAACUGCUUCAACCUUCAGGAAGAUAUUGAGUCUUUGUCCAAAUAA